UAAAUCCCAUUGGAAAAACAUAAUUCAAUUUGGUGAGAAAUUUGAAGUGUUUUGGUAUUUUGUGAUAAAGAGGAAAACGGAAAAUAGUCAAUAUAGCUCCAGCCGUGUUUUUGAAUAAACGUUCCAAAAAAAUGACCAACCGAGGACAUCAGUUACCAGAUUCAUCUUCAUCACCACCUUCCUUACAAUUUGGAUAUAGUGCAGGAGAGUUGUCCGAGGACGAGGUGUCCGAUUUGCCGAGUUGCGCGUUCGCAUCAAGGCCCUCUUCGAAUUCCGGAUUGCAGCACCAUUACUUGACCGGUUUACAUCACAAUGCAGAUAGCCAGUGCGGUGGUCUUUCCAGUUCAGCAGAUUACUAUGGAUCGUCUCCUUAUAGGGUCCAGAGACAUGCGGCUAACAUCAGGGAACGGAAAAGGAUGCUGAGGUCUGCUAUUGGACCCACCGGCAGUAUAAACUCUGCAUUCGACGAGUUGCGAAUGCACGUGCCCACGUUCCCCUACGAGAAGAGGCUCAGCAAAAUAGAUACGCUCAGACUGGCCAUCGCGUACAUAGCUCUCCUGCGUGAAGUCCUCACUGCCGACUGUGAUCCUUUGACUUACGUGGAAAGAUGCCUUAGAGGAGAAAUUAAAGCCGAUAGGGCGAACUGGAAUACUAGUGAUUUGACCGCUCGAUUAUCCUGGAUAAAUUGGGAAAACUUGGGAGUUACUCCGGGCCGACGCAGUGCAAUAACCUCGUUAGCAAUGAGCUCAGAAAACACUCAAUGAAUGUUUUCAACUGCUCGUUCAAUUGACACCAAAUUCAUGUUGUAUAUAAGAUGUAUGUAUCGUAGAGUUACAAUUCAUACAUGUGCAAUAUAAUUUUUGUAUUCC